CAAAUUGAAUCCUUCAGACUCCUAGUAAGUUACUCAUAUGAGAAUUCCUUUGACCUACAUCCCAGCUGGGACAACUGAGGAUUCAGUCCCAGGAAUUGUGUAACAUCCGGAUAGAUAGUCUGCUCUGUGGCUGUCCUCCAAUAAUGCAUAGCUUGGAGGCAUUGGUGUGAGGAUGUAUAAAAGACAUCCUCCUUCCCAGCCCCACAAGGCUUCCAAGAAUCCUCCAGAGAUGACCUGUGCACUCCUCUUCCUGUAGAGGAAGGUGACUUCUCCAUAUGGGGACACUGGCUGUCCCUUAUGCAGGUGCUGCUAAGAUAGCCUCCACUUCUCCACUUGUCUCUUCUUGAGGUGUGAUUAAAUAAACCAGCACUGAACAACUAGUCCAGUGAUGUCCCAGCAGAACCAGCAAUCUUGGGAAACUCCUCGUGCACCCAUGUGCUCCCGUCCUCAGUGGCCAAGCCCCUGCCCAACUCCCUGCCCUGCCUCCUGUGCUCCCUGUUCCGGAGGCUGUGAUUCUGCUUCCCAAAGACCUCAGGAUGUGAACUGGGCGGGCACCAAAAGGAUGCGCAGAAGGCAGCCUCGCUGCCUUCGGGGAGGCACCACUUACCGCAUCAAGGAGGAAGAAUGCUAGAGUGGUCAGCCUCAGGGAAGGCCAGGGACAGCUGGUCUCUCCUUCUCAGGCCCUUUGAGCUCAUGUCUUCUCUUAUUAUUUGGGCUAAAAAAAAAAACAAAAAACUGACAGAUCAACAGAUCCCCUGGGAUUAGAGAGGCAAGAACUAGACAAUGAGACAUAGCUACUCUAUCUUCUAGCUACCUUUCCACUUAGCAAUAACAUAGCAGAGAGUCCUCUGGAGGAAAGACUGUUAUGAACCCUGGAGCACCCAGCUCAGACACAUGGCUGCUUCUGCUGGUGCACACUGCACCUUUUUCUGUCCCUCUGACACAGAAGACACUGUUUCAAAGAUACUGCUGGUUUGAGACCUUUGUCUGAGUUGCCAGCAUCCUCAAAACCAUGGGCAUGUGUGAUCACAUGAUUCUAGCACUGGGGACACCAUUACAACACACAUAUGUCAAGCACAAAUUGUGUACCUCUUGGCAUUGUGUCUACAGUGUUAAGUGAGAGAUUCCUCUCUGCUGUACAAAAGCUUAUUCUCCAGGGAGAGAAGUGAAUCACUCUAGAUGAUUAUAGAUGAACAAACAAAUGUAAUUUUAGACUCAAUGGAAUGUUGUUUUCUGUUUCUCAUUCUGUGUACAAAGUAUAAAAAAAAAAUCUAAGACAUAUAAACUCACCAUGAUGUGUGGGUCUAAAGUGGACUCCAGUGUCAGAAAAAAUUUGAACUUGGGAGCACGCCUAUAAGGAGUACAGAUUUUCGAAGCAGGCAGCAUUGAAGCAGGGCCUUGAAGGAUAAGAAGACUUUGUUUGGGGAAGUCUGAUGGUAAGGAAAGAAUCUUCCAGAUAGAAGAGAGCACAAGCAAAUGCACACAGGUGCCAGUGGCACAAUUCCAAUGCAGUUGGAGUGGCUGAUCUGAUGAUGAUGUGAGGCAUUCAAGAUCCCAGUCCUUUGUCAAGAUCCCAACCAGUUUACCAAGUUUACUGGACUGUGGUGUAAAACUCCAGAUACUUUAUAUUUUCUCUUGAUAAAUUGUUUUGCUCCAAAGGGGCAAAAGGGAAAAGGGAUGUGUGAUGAGGGGGCCCAGAGAUCCUGGUGCAAGAUGGUGGAAAAGGACUUAAGUUGGAGUGACACUUAUCAUGAGGAAAUGAAUGAGAGGCUGCACCUAUGUGCUAAGACCCUUAUUGUAAGCCAUUAACACUACGCCCCCAUUAAGUGGGGGGAAUAAUUUUAAAAAGAAGAUACUAAAGUAUUUUGCCUUUGAUAUGGCUUUAACCCAUGCUCAGGGUCUGAGGUUGGGGGAGGCCGAAGGAAGGUAGAGAGGAACAGAUAAAAAAAUUUAGCUGAAAAAGCCACAGAGACAGCCUAGUGGUUAUGCAAAAGACUUUUAUGCCUGGGACUCUGAAAGUCAUGGUUCUGUCCCCAGCAUUACCAUAAGCUAGAGCUGAACAUUGAUCUGGUAAAAAUUAACUAAUUAAUUAAUUAAUUAAGAUCUAGCUGAUUCUUAUCUUAUAGGGGGCACUUUUUUUUUUCUCCCAGCUCCAGGUGUCCCUAGUAAAAUGUUUGAUUUAAACCUUCCUAAAGUGGAAAGAAUGAUGUAGUGCUAAUAAUCUCUCUUCUCUAGUGGAACGUCAAGAAAUACUAAUGUUGGUAGGUAGUGAAGUAAAUCUUUAGUUGUAGUACUUAAAGCUUUUUUUCUCCCCCCAAGUUCUAGGGCCUCUCAGAGAGGUGAUGUCAUGGUUAUAGGUAACUUUUUCGCUCACAUAGAGAAAGAUAACAAGAGAGAAGGAGAGACCUAAUGACUCUGGAGCUUCUCUGGCACUAUAGUACACCCCCUCUCUCCAGCACAGAAUUUUCUCCCCAAGUAGUUAAGAUUAUGCUGUCCUGAGUCCAAGCAGUACAUCAGCCUACCCAUCAUCUCCAGUGCACAGGAGUCUUAUUUCCAGAGCGUAUCAAGUCAUCUGAUUUUUUCUUUGUUAUAUGAGUAUAAUUGUAUGGUAAUUGUGUACAAUCUUAAUAGUAAAUAUGUAAUUUUCCCAUUUAGCAAAUAAUACACUCUUGUAUAAAGAAUUGUUAAAGUAUAUAAGCAUAAGAUGAUUAAGACCAAUUUAAAAUCCCUAAAAAUAAACACAGCUAGUAAUUUAAUAGUAUAUUAAUAGAUUUUAUAAUGUUACAGAAUAGAAUCAUUUCACAGUAUUUUAAGACCUUAUUUCUAAUUUCUGUUAUUGCUAAUACUAUUUCAUGCUGAUAUGCAGUGUGUGUAUGUAAUAAUAAUUUGAUGUGAAUGUAGUAUAGUAUAAAUAUAAAACACCAGGCUCUGUGUAACUUCU